GAGAGGGCGGGGCUGGUUAGGUUGCACACGAAACACCCAGCUACGCUGGCUAGAGAUCAUGGCUCUGCAAACACAGUACAGUCGCAGCAGGAGUGCCAGAAAUCGCAGUACCGGCAACCAGAAGAAAGGUAGCGGUACCGACUUGCACGAGAUGUCCCGGAACAAGACGAGCGUCACUGAGUUUGCGGCUGAGCAUUCCCUCCGAGCCAAGUCGGAGGUAGGCGUGGAGCAGGCGAGACGAGAGGCGAAGGGUGACGGGAGGAAACAGGCCUGGGCUCCACCGAAGAGGCAGGGUCUGAGCAGUAACUCGGCCAGGUCCCAGCGAGACCCUUUGCGGACUCUGCCACCACACCCCAGUAGUGGAGCCUCUUCCUCAGGAACCAAGUCCAGAGGUGCUGUCCAUCUAGAGCAACUGGACAAGCUGAGGGAAAUCUUUGACGAAGCUACCAGAAGCGGAGAUGGAAAAUUGGACGAAGAAGAAUUCCUGAGAGCCUGUAGGAAUGUCUUUGGAGAAGAGGCUAUGUCAACAACACACGAGGAACAGAUGAGGACCGUUUUCAAGAAGAUUGACAACCUUUCUAAUGACACCAUCAGCUGGGAUGACUUUUGCUCCUUUCUCUACCUGGAGUACCAUGAGAGAGACAGUGCUGAAGCAAGAGCCAAGAAGGUGGAUUUCCAUACCCCGGCAAUAAUAACGAAGGGGAGCCCCCAUCAUGGUUCAGUGUGUGCUGUGCAGCAUACCAGUGAUGGAGGUCUGGUCACAUGUAGUGAGGAAGGAACAGUGUGCUUCUGGUCACAAGAGCUUGAACUAAAACGAACCAAACCACUGACUGAAAUUGAUGUGAAGCAGAGAGAAAAACCCAAGUGGAUAUCAGACAUGGUUCUCUCUCUCCCACACAAGAAGAUAAUCCUAGCUACAGGAGACUGUGAGCUGCAGUUCUUUGAGAUGGUCAACUUUGAACCCUAUUGCCAGCUCAGCAGACUGGAGUCAAUUCCUCUUAAAAUUGUUUGUUGGCAUGAUCCAGAAGAUGAAGUGAAGACGGUGAUACUCCUUGGUGAUAAAGAUGGUGCCGUGACUGUCAUGAUAACAGACAACAUUCUGAAUGCUUUCACGGAUUGGAAAUCUGGUCCAAAGCUGGAAGGCCUGCCAACCUACUCCCUGUACAAGUUACUAUCUAACAGUGAGAGUGGAGUCAAGUGCUACAGGUGGAAACUUCACUCCAGCUGGGUGACUGAACUGCACUACUUCCCCAAGCUGCUGAUGUUUGGCUCCUGCUCUCUAGACCCUUCAGCCAGUUUUGUACUGGGUGUCCUCUCACCAAGUACAGAGGUGGACUCAUAUCUCCGGCAGACGUCGAGUGCCACCAGAGGAGCCAAGAGGAGUUUGCUGCCUGCUAGAAGGUUCAUGUCAUGUGACCAGAGGGUGUUCAGGAUGGCCAAGGGAGUCUCGUCGGCCGACUACUGCUCCAGACACAACGUCCUGGUGACUGGUAGUGCUGACAGAUUUGUCCGAGUGUGGAACCCCUUUAUGACCUCGAAGCCAGUUGGUACACUGGAGGGACACACUGCUCCAGUCUUCUUUGUAAAGGCUGACUCAGCAAACAGCCGACUCUUUAGCAUUGGGAACGACAACACCAUAAUGGUCUGGGACAUUCUUGAAUUCACUUGCCUCAAUUCUGUGUUUCCAAGUGUACACAAAUUCUCAGUUCCAACCCAAGCUGCUCACUACAAUGACGUUGGCCAGGAGGUGGUACUGGCAACAGAUGAGGUGGGUGUGAUCAAGCUGGUCCAGCCAGUGGGAGUGAGACAGGACAUGGUACAGACCCACCUCAGCCCCGUGGCCGGAGUGGCCUUCUCUCCCUGCUUCAACCACCUCAUUACUGCCUCCAGAGAUGGGGUGGUUAAAGUAUGGGCUAUGGAGACUGGUAAGAAGGAAUUUGAGUUCUCAGUUGGCAGAUGUGGUGUGAGUGCAAUGGCAGUGGAUAAGACUGGGAAAAGGAUUGUGACUGGUAGUUCAAAUGGGCAGCUGAAGUGUGGAGCUAUAACAGCGGAGAGUGCCUCAAGACACUCGACAAAGAGAACCGGAAAGAGGUGGCCAGGGCAAGAUUUGUCUCUGUCAAUCAGUGCAAGUAUAUUGUUGCUGCUGGUUGGGACAAGAAAUUCACAAUUUUUCCUGAUGUGGUGGAUACAAUUCAGGAGGUAUAUAAACCAAUGAGAGCUGGGAGCACUACUUCGGAUUAUGUACACGAAACAGACAUUCUUGCUCUUGCAUAUGGUGCACCACAUUUUCUGGCAACAGCAAGCUUCUGUGGGAAGAUUGUGGUGUGGAGUCUGAUAUCGUUUGGCGUCUUCAAUGAGCUAAAGGCAGAAUACCCCACAUCUGCCAGGCAUCCUCCAUCUGAAUUGGAAGGGGAUAAGGCAGUGCAGGAUUUAGUGUUCCUGGAGCAGAGAACUAAGUCCAAGAACUCAGCCAGUCUGGUGGCCAGUGGACCUACUGGUUACAUACACUUUUGGAAUAUCUAUGAUGCUUCAAAGCCAAUGGCUUGCUUCCGUGCUGUAAGUUCAGUCAUUGGGCAGAGUUUGCAGAGUUUAAAUAACUAUUCCAUGUGAACAGUAUAGCAAUAAUAAUUAUAUCCCUUUUAGUCAAAAUUCAACUGUGUGACAUCACUGGCGGUCGAUGAGAACAAUAUCUUACUACUUAGUGGGGACAUUGAGGGCUACUUAUCGCUGUGGAAGAUUGAGGGCUACUGUACUGGUAUGAGCACAAAGGUCCCACCGAAACGUGCUGCAGUGUGGAGAGCUCAUGCACAGAGAAUAACGCAGUGAGCUACUUCUCUACUGAGACAAUGAACAAAAGCGACAAAGUUUUCUUCUACUAGACUGCUGCUUGUGGAACAGUGGAACACUGUUAUCAGUGCAUCUGUGGAUACUUCUGUUCGUGUGUGGACACUGGAAGGAAACGUUAUUGGGACAUUUGGCCAGGAGAAACCGUGGACUCUUGGAGUACCGACAACCUACCAACAUCCCCUCAAAUCCAGAGACCUCCUGUUGGCCACAGAGGCUGUGGUGACUCCUUCCCUCCCGUCAUCUGACAGGAGUGGUGCUGAGUCAGGAGGAGGCAGGGAGUCUUCUGGGAAGAAGUCGCAGUCCAGAAAGCUGCGGGCUGCUGUACAUGCAGUACAGGCUGUGUUGACCGUUACGGAAAUGGAGGAUGAAGAGAUAAACGAGGACUUGCUGAAGUCAUAUGGUAUGAGUCUGGGUGUCCAAAGCUCUACUGAACAAAUCCAAGAGAGUAAAGAGUGUGGAAAGUGGCUACGUCACCACAGGACUCAGUCAGCUAGGCCAAGAAAGUCGGCUGGUCAUCAGAAGGUGUACAGACUGCUACCAUACCAGACACUGGACCCCGAGCCUGACUUUCGCAACACCUGGAGACAGCAAUAGCCAUAAUAGUUCUUUGUAUAAAGUGAUUGUGAUAUGUGAUUGAAUUGCAAAUCUUUG